AUGGACACCCUCCUUAGGCAGGUGGAGAAGGACUUGGGCAUUGACCGCAGCCAGCUGGCAGCUGCCACGGGGAGCUCCCACGUCAUCGCUCUGGUGCCCACCAAGUGGCUGGCCGGCCUGAAGGAGCGGGGGGUGCUGCCCAGCCUGUGCCCGCACCCCGAAGGGCUCAGCGAUGUGGAGGUGCGCACCUGCCUCCAGCACUCGGUGCAGAAGCUGCCGUCCGGCUGGACCAGGGUGGAGAUCCACGGCCUGAGGAAGGACCGGCUGCGCUACGGGCUGGCUGUGGUGCCUGGCGACCCGAAGGAGCCCCCGGAGACGCUCCAUGGCUUCAUGCGCCAUGUGGCUUCUCAGAACUACCGGAACCUGUGGAGCCAGGCUCACCGCCUUUACGUCCGCCCGUACUGCCACGCGACCACCCCGCCCACGGCCCCUGCCCUGGAGGUGCUCUGUGGGGCCCUCCAGAGGCUCUACGGCUGCCCCAUCGUCCCCGUGGGCAGGGGCGCCCCCUCCUGCACCUCCCCGGCCAAAGAGGGCGGUUGCUCGCCCGGCAGGUGCCCUCGUCUGCGCUGCCCCAGCAUCCUCCCGGCGGAGGCGCUGCUGGAGUCCCCGGAGAUGUUGUACGUGGUCUUCCCCUACGUCCAGUUCUGCCUCCACGACAUCGUGACCUUCAGCCCGGCCAAGCUGACCAACAGCCAUGCCAAGCUCCUCUUCAUCCUCUUCCAGGUCCUGCAGGCCAUGGAGGCCUGCCACCGGGCAGGGCUGGCGUGCGGGGCCUUCUCCUUGCACGACGUGGCCGUGGACGAGAAGCUGUGCGCCCGGCUCAGGGUCCAGCUCCGGGACUACGAGCGGGACGAGGAGGAGGAGGAGGUGGCGGCAGAAGCGGAGGCGGGUACUGCAGGGAGGGACCCGCUGGCGGACGGAGGCGGCAUCCCUGCAGCGCCUGGGAAGGGCCUUGGGCAGCUGGUGCUGGACUGGGUGCACGGGCGCCUCAGCAACUUUGACUACCUCCUGCACCUGAACCGCUUGGCCGGCCGCCGGGCGGGUGACCCCAACUACCACCCGGUCCUGCCCUGGGUGGUGGACUUCAGCACCCGCAACGGCCGCUUCCGGGACCUUCGGAAGUCGAAGUUCCGCCUCAACAAGGGCGACAAACAGCUGGACUUCACCUACGAGAUGACCAAGCAGGCCUUUGUGGCCGGGGGCGGCCUGGGCGGGGAGCAGCCCCACGUGCCCCACCACAUCUCCGACGUCCUCUCUGACAUCACCUACUACGUCUACACCGCCCGGCGGACGCCCCGGGCCGUGCUGUGCUCCCAUGUGCGCUCCCAGUGGGAGCCCAACGAGUACCCGGCCAGCAUGGAGCGCAUGCAGGGCUGGACGCCGGACGAGUGCAUCCCCGAGUUCUACUCGGACCCCGCCAUCUUCCGCUCCAUCCACCCGGACAUGCCGGACCUGGAGGUGCCGGCCUGGUGCGCCUGCCGCGAGGAGUUUGUGGCGGCCCACCGGGCGCUGCUGGAGAGCUGGGAGGUCUCCCAGGACCUCCACCACUGGAUCGACCUCACCUUCGGCUACAAGCUGCUGGGCAAGGAGGCCGUCAAGGAGAAGAACGUCUGCCUGCACCUGGUGGACGGCCACACCCACCUGGCCAGCUACGGGGUGGUGCCUCUCUUUGACCAGCCCCACCCCCGGCGCCUGGCGGGGGGCUGCGCCCUCCCUUCCCCCGAAGCCCCGCCCAUCACCAGGCCCCUCAUCCCACCUGUGCAGGAGACGAGAGUCCUGGAAGGGGGCGCCCCCAAGGGCCAGGCCAGCAAUGGGGCCGGCGGGCCGGUCGUGGAAGCGGCGCCAUGCGAAGGCGUGUGGGCUGGAGGUCGGUUCACGGUGGCGGAGGAGGAGGUGGAGCAGGGGGCGGAGGCGCUGGAGGCCCUCCCUGUGGGGGCAGGCCGGGCCACGGAGCUGCCCGGUCCCCCCGCCCCGCCCCCGGGGAUCCCCGCAGAGGGCAAGCACCUCGGCCGCAGCAGGACCAAGGCGGGGGCUCCUCCUGCGGAAGGGCUAGAGGCCAAGAUCGUCGUUCCCGAGGGCUGCAACUUCCUGCAGGCCUUGGAGGAGCUGGAGAAGCUGGACGCCUUCCUCCUGAAGGGGCUGCACGCCCAGGUGGGCCGGCCGGAGCAGCGCCAGCCUCGCUUGCCCCCGGGGCCCUCGGACGUCUUCCAGAGAGACAUGCAGGCCCUGGGGGUUGUGGUGGCCGAGAUCGUCUUUGCCCCGAAGCUGCGGGCGCUGGAGCCCGGGGCGGCCCUGGCAGAGCGCUUCCAGGCGGCUCGGAGGCUGUGCCGCCAGCACCCCAAGGACAUCCCAGCUCCUCUGCAGCACCUGCUGGAUACGCUGCUGCGGCUGAGGGUGGCGGAUGGGCAGCUCGCCAGGGCGGGGUGGGGGCCGCUCCUGUUUGACUACCCCCCUGUCUGGCAGGGCCUCCCUCCGCCCUGCCCCUGGCAGCUGCGGAGCUCCUUCAGCGCGGUCCUGCCCUUCCCCGCCUACUUCCCGGCUCUGCACCGCUUCAUCUCCACCUACCUGUCUCGCCAGGCGGAGGCCGAGGGCCGGGAGCUGGUGUUCCAGCUGUGGCGGCAGCUGGAGGCCGUCCUGAGCAGCAUCACCCCCGAGGGCCUGGAGAUCCUGCUGCCCUUCGUCCUGGCGCUGCUGUCCGGGGAGCGCACGGCUGUCCACGCCGCCUGGUACCUCUUUGAGCCCAUCGCCAGGGCCCUGGGUCCCCGCAACGCCCACAAGUACCUGCUGAAGCUGCUGGUGGGGGCCUACGAAAACCCCCGCUGCCUCCAUGGGCGAUUCUACCUGUACACCGACUGCUUCGUGGCGCAGCUGAUGGCGCGGCUGGGCCUGCAGCUCUUCCUCUCCGCCCUCCUGCCCCACAUCCUGCAGGUGCUGGUGGGGUCCGAGGGGGCCGCCCCGGAGGAGAACAAGGCCCUGCUGGGGGUGACGGAGGAGGAGGAGGACGAUGAGAGCGGAGGGGGCAGUCCCGGGCCCUGCUCCUUUGGGGAGGAGGCCAAGGCGGAGGCGGAGAGGGACUCGGCCCUGCAGCUGCUGGGCUACAUGUCCGGGGUCAGCCUGCACGACCAGGCUGACCUGCCUGAGAGUGAGGACUUCCAGAACGGGCUCUACGUGGCCGAGGCUCUGCGAGGCACGGAGGAGGAGGAGGAAGAGGCUGCGGCAGCCGAGGAAUCCCUCAGCCUGGGCCGCCUGAGCGACAAGAGCAGCGCCAGCGAGGUCUCCCUGGGGGAGGACCGGUCGGCUGCCGACGGGGAGUCCCAGAAGGACAAAGGGAGCCUCAAGUCCCUUGACAGCAGCCAGGACCUGAAGCACAGUGAGGAGGAAGAGGAGGAAGAGCAGGAGGAGGAGCAGCCGCAGGUGGAGGAAGAGGAGGGCCAGCAGGAUGGGGAGGAAGAGCGCGAUGACGCCACCACCGUGGUCGCGGAGGAGCUGACGCUCUCCUUGGGACUCAGCGCCUCGGUGGAAGCCAGCCUGGCAGAGGACGAUGAUGGCGAGGAGGAGGAGGAGGUGGAGGAGGAGGACCAGGUCGGACGGGGCUUGUUGGACCAGGAGGGGGACAAGGAGAGGAGCAUUCUGCUGGGUGAGCCAAGGCUCCUUCCGGGGGUGGGCGGGGAGGGGGGCCUAGUCAUUCAUUCAUUGAUUUAAAAAAUUGUACACCGCUGUAUCAUAGUGGAUUAGAGUAAUAUAAGUUAUAAGCAAAAGAAGAAUUCAAAGCAAACACCAGCAGGGACUGGGGAGGUGCUGGGAGGCCAGGCUGCGCCCGCAAAGGGAGCUCCCUUGGGUGUGGGCAGGGUGCCGCCUAACCGCCCGCUCCCGCCCUCUCUUGUCUCCCAGACACAGCCUGCAAGAUGGUGAGGUGGCUCUCACCCAAGCUUGGCCCCACCACCACCUCCCGCUACGUGGCCAGGAACCUCCUCCGACUCCUGACGUCUUGCUACAUCGGUAAUGCUCGCCUGUGGGGUUAUGGGGCGGGGGGGGGUGGGAAAGGAGGAGGCUGCUUUUCAUGGGUCUGGGGGAGGCCUUCUGUUGGAACCACCUUUGCCAGCCUGGUGCCCAAGUGGGGCGGGUGGGCAGUUGGGGUCUAGAGUGAGUUUAGCCUGCAGAAGAGGAGAUAGGAGAGCCAUCUUCCACUGUCUCGAGGGCUGUCACAUGGAAGGAGGCGCAAGGUUGCUUUCUCCCCUGGAGGGCAGGACCUGAACAAACAGACUCAUAUUGCAAGAAAGGAGAGUCCAACUAAAAACUUUCUGAGGGUAAGAGCUGUUCAAAGUGGAACAGAUUCCCUCUGAAAGUGGUGGACUUGUCUUCACUGGGCUCCAGUUUUCCAUCGGCUGCAGCAGCUGGCAUGGGCAACCUGGUCAGGGACAAGGACAGGUGCUAGAGCCCAGCAGCCCCACAAGCAUUCCCCAGACGGUAGGACUUGAACCAGGGGCAUUGAGGGUCUGAGAUGCCCCGGGGUUUGUGUGUGUGGACUCUCCUUCACCAGGGGUGUGUAAGCAGUGGCUGAACGGCCGCCUUUCAGGGCUGCUGUCGCAAUCGGAUAUCCUGCCUUGGGAGCGGGUUGGGUUGGAUGACCUUUGAGGGUGCCCCCCCCCACAUUCCCUCUCUGCUCUUUCUCCUUCUGCAGGUCCUGGCAGGCAGCAGUUUGUGGCCGGGGCUGAGGAGAGCAGCCCUCUGAGCUCCGGGAACAUCUACCAGAAGCGGCUGCUGGUGGGGGAUGUGGUGUCCGAGCCGGUGCUGACCUGCCUCGUCCACCUAGCACACCUGUAUGGGGAGCCCGUCCUCACCUACCUGUACCUGCCCUAUAUCAGCUACCUGGUCAGUGUCUCUAUCUGAGGGUGACUUUCAGGGCUCCAGGCAUGUCUGUGGGGCCCCUCCACUUUCCCUCUCUCUUCAUCUUCCUUGGAGCAAAGUUCCGAUGGCCAUCUGCCAGGGAUUCUUUACCUGAGAUUCCUGCAUCGCAGGGGGUUGGACUAGAUGACCUUUGGGGGUCCCUUCCAGCUCCAGGAUGCUCUGAUUCCAUCUUGCCUUCUCCUACACCAUUGCCAUAUGCUGGUUCAGACCCCGGGCCCACCUGGCACAGUCUUGUCCAGGCUGACUGGCAGCAAUGGCUCUCCAGGGUUUCGGGCAGGGAGUGUCCCUGGGGCUGCCACUGGGGAUUGAAGCUGGGACCUUCUGCAUGCCAAGCAGGUGUUCUGCGCUACUGGGCCCUUACCCGGGGCUCUCUCUCAUAUCCUUCCACUCCAGCACCAUUCUUGGGCAGCCUGAGCAGCUUGCUGCAGGGAACACAGGAUUCUGUUCAAGAUUUCAGCAGCCAGAGAAGCUUAGCUUUAAAAACAAAGCAGCCCAAGCAGACUCGCCUUCCCAAGUUUCUAGCCCUCAUGGCUUUAGGGAGAAGCUGAAAUGUGCCUGAGCAGUGCCUGGCGAACUCCCAGAGGGCGGGGGGAAUGAGCAGAGGAGGGGCCAGCGGGACGGAAGAUUGGGCAAAUAUAUGCCAACUAAAAUCCUAGAUGUUGCCCCCCCUUCCAAGGAGGGAGUUUGCCUUGCUUUGUGUCCUGGGGGGGCGGUGGCAGCUCAGGGAGGAAUUUCUUUUAUUAUUAUUAUCAUCUCAAAACCAAAAAAAUUUUACAAACAUCAAAUUCGAAAUCCAUAUUCAUUUUCUAACAUAAGCCUAUUACAGAGAUUACCUAAAUUAAAAUAUAUCGAAUUGCUCUAUUCUUCCCUUUGCUAUAUGUAAAUACAAAGCAAUUAACAAAUUAUAUUAUAAAUUAUAUUAUAGGUUCCCAUAUACCUUCCACUCCCCUUCACCCAUGUGUGAUCUCAAUAUUUUACUUCAUCCAUCUUGUUGUGUUGUUAUAAUUUAAUAAUUAUUUAAUUGAUUCUAUUAUUAUUUUCUUGCUUACUCCUGCACGUUUUAAACGUUCUCUAUUAAUAUUUCAUUUUUUUUAAAAAAAAAUAAUAUUUAUUAAAGUUUCAAAGGAAAAAAGAAUCACAUUAAUAAAAAAAAAAUUAACAAUAACAAGGAAAAAUACAAAGUAGAAAAAAAAGAAAAAGUUAAAAACAAUUCCAUCUUUUCCUCACUUCUUUUACGUUUACUUGUUUCCCGGACCUCCUCAUACCUCCCUCUUUUGUAUUCCAAUUCAAUUUGUUAAUCCAACAAUUCCUUUCCUGCCUUUUUAAUCCUAAUCCUUAAUCUUGAUAUAUUGUAACAUUAGAUUUUUACAUAUUAAAAACCAAUUUUUCCAUAUACUUUUGUACCUAUAUAGCUAGAAGCCACUUAACUUCAAUCCAACAUCAUUCUAACAUUCAUUAAUUUUGCAAUAUUUCUGUAAAUAGUCUUUAAAUUUCUUCCAAUCUUCUUCCACCGACUCUUCUCCCUGGUCACGGAUUCUGCCAGUCAUUUCUGCCAAUUCCAUAUAGUCCAUUAAUUUCAUCUGCCAUUCCUCCAGUGUGGGUAAAUCUUGUGUCUUCCAAUACUUUGCAAUGAGUAUUCUUGCUGCUGUUGUAGCAUACAUAAAGAAAGUUCUGUCCUUUUAACACCGAUUGGCCGACUAUGCCCAGGAGAAAGGCCUCUGGUUUCUUCAAGAAGGUAUAUUUAAAUACCUUUUUAGUUCAUUAUAUAUCAUCUCCCAGAAAGCCUUAAUCUUUGGGCACGUCCACCAAAGGUGAAAAAUGUACCUUCAGUUUCUUUACAUUUCCAACAUUUAUUAUCAGGCACAUGAUAGAUUUUUGCGAGCUUGACUGGGGUUAUGUACCACCUGUAUAUCAUUUUCAUAAUAUUUUCUCUUAAGGCAUUACAUGCCGUAAAUUUCAUACCUGUGGUCCACAACUGUUCCCAGUCAGCAAACAUAAUAUUAUGUCCAACAUCUUGUGCCCAUUUAAUCAUAGCAGAUUUCACCGUUUCAUCCUGAGUAUUCCAUUUCAACAGCAAGUUAUACAUCUUUGACAAAAUUUUUGUUUUGGGUUCUAACAAUUCUGUUUCUAAUUUGGAUCUUUCCACCUGGAAGCCAAUUUUCCUGUCCAAUUUAAAUGCCUCCAUUAUCUGAUAAUAAUGAAGCCAAUCUCGCACUUUGUUUUUUGGUUUUUCAAAACUCUGCAGUUUCAAUCUAUCUCCAUCUUGUUCCAAAAUUUCCCAAUAUUUCGGCCAUUUGACCUCCAUAUUGAGCUUUUUCAAAGCUUUCGCUUCCAUCGGUGACAGCCACCUUGGGGUUUUAUUUUCCAAUAAAUCCUUAUAUCUUAUCCAAACAUUAAACAAUGCUUUCCUGACAAUAUGGUUUUUAAAUGCUUUAUGUGCUUUGACCUUAUCAUACCACAGAUAUGCAUGCCAUCCAAAUACAUUAUUGAAACCUUCCAAAUCCAAAAUGUCAGUGUUUUCCAGAAGCAGCCAUUCUUUCAACCAGCAAAAAGCUGCUGAUUCAUAAUAAAGUUUGAGGUCUGGCAGGGCAAAUCCACCUCUUUCCUUUGCACCUGUUAGUAUUUUAAAUUUUAUUCUGGGCUUCUUGCCCUGCCAGACAAAUCUAGAAAUAUCUCUCUGCCACCUCUUGAAACAGUCCAUUUUGUCCACAAUUUGCAAUGUUUGAAACAAAAACAACAUUCUAGGCAAUACAUUCAUUUUAACCGCAGCAAUACGGCCCAGCAGUGAAAGCUUCAAAUUUGACCAAAUUUCUAAAUCUUUUUCACUUCAGCCCAACAUUUUUCAUAAUUAUCUUUAAAUAAGUUCCCAUUUUUGCUGUCAAAUUGAUCCCCAAGUAUUUAACUUUCUUAACCACUGUUAAACCUGUCUCAUUCUGAAACCUCUCUCUCUGUUGGUGUUAAAUUUUUCUCUAAAACCUUAGUUUUUACCUUAUUCAAUUUAAAUCCUGUGACUUGACCAAAUUCUUGAAUCAAUUCUAAAACCCUUUUGGUACUAGAUUCUGGCUCCUGUAACGUCAGUACUAAGUCAUCUGCAAAUGCUCUCAAUUUGUACUGUUUAGCUCUGACUAUUAAUAUUUCAAUUCCGGAACCAUAUUUUUUCAGGGAGGAGUUUUGUUUCCUCCCCGGCAGCUGCUCUGAAAGGAGAAGCUGACUCACGCUCAGCCUCAGGGGCUCUGAAUGCCUGCUGCACACUCACUUGUUCUCUCUCUCUGUGCGGAGGUCACACACUGUAUUGGGGGACACUUCCCCAUUUUAAAUCUUUCCCAACAUGGAGGGUUGUAUUCAGGAAAGUCAGGGGAGGGCGCAGCCCCUUCGCUGGGUGGGAGGAGGAGGAGGAGGCGGCCUCUGGGAAGAGCUGCGCUGAGCCUCACAGCCGUGAUGUCCACUUGGCAAGGCUGCCAAGGCAGGCAGGGCCUGCCCAAGUCAGUUUAGCACCGAGGGUGAACCACAAAACGGCACCCCCUUCCACUAGGGGCAAAGGGGUGGGUGAAGAGCUACAUUAGGAACAAGAGGGGAACCAACCGGACGGUUGAAGUGGGAAUCCAAGGGCGCUGAAUCAUGCCAGGAGACCCCUGGGGGCGACUACUCGGGAGGUGGCAGAUCCAGCCUCCAAGCAGCGCACCACAGCCAUUGCGGCCACAGAGGCAGCAGCAGCAGGUGAUGCAUUCCUUGGAGACUGGAUCUGCUGCCGCUGUGGAUCCUGCCAUCUGAGGCAGUCACCUCAGCUUGCUCAUGAGUGGGCCGGCCCUGAAGGCAGGGGUGCAAAUGAGGCCAUGGUCUGUUUCAUGGAGGAGAAAGCUAUCCAUGGUUGCUUGAGUACCAGGUGCUGGAAAGCACAGGAGGUGAGACGGCUCUUGUGUAUGGAUUCUGCUUGCAGGCUUCCCCUGGGGGUUGUACUAGAUGACCCUGGAGUCCUUUCCAAUUCUACCACUCUAUGAUUUUUCUCAAGUGCCGUAGGAAAGGCAGUGGUGACUCUCAAGGAUUUUAAGGUGGGGGUUGUCCCCAGCCCUACCUCCUGGGGAUUGACCUGAGGACCUUCUGCAUGCCAAGCAGGUAGUCUGCCGCUGACCCACGUGGGACCUCUUUUCCCUGUUCCAGGUGGCUCCUGGGGGCGGAGCAGGCGUCGUCCGUCUGAACAGCCGCAAGGAGGCUGGGCUCCUGGCCGCCAUGACGCUCACCCGCAAGAUCGUUGUCUACCUCUCGGACACCACCCUCAUGGAUAUCCUGCCCAAAAUCAGCCAGGAGGUCCUCCUGCCUGUCCUGGGCUUCCUCACCUCGGCCACCAUCAGGUGACGUAUUGCCAUUAGGGCAGUGAGAGGCUGGGGCGAGAGCCCCCCUCUGGCAUGGAGCAGGAGGGACCAGUCCCAGGCAUCCCUCUCUGGCCACGAGGGCCUCCGCUCUGGAGGCGCUGGCUGGGGGAACCCAGAUCCCUUGUGGGGGAGACUGGGUGGGGUGUGCUGGGGUGUCUCUCUUGGGCACCCUUCUUGGCUGACGCCCCACCCUCCCCUCCAGCUUCCCCAGCGGGGCCCAGGCCCGCGUCGGCUUGUGCCUCAAGACCAUCGGCCUCGUGGCGCUGGUUUGCUUGCGGAUCGGGUCGGAGAUGGUACAGCAGCACCUCAGCCAGACGCUCCGGACGUUCUUCAAGACGUUUUCGCUGCUGGAGCAGGUGAGUCGGGAAGGGAGGGCAGAAGGUCGGGGAGCUUUUUCGGCCUCUGCUGAUUGGGGGGGGGAGGGGAGAGAAGGACCCCUGGCUCUGGCAAGACUUGAACUCGUGGCACGUGGAAGUGGGGUGGAAGGGGUUCUUUCUCAUAAGAGGCAUCAGGUCAACCCAGGAGACGUUUCUCAGGCCACAAACGUCCAGAUCUUUCCUCUGCAGAGCCAAAAUGGUCUUAUUCGCUGUAUGGAUCAUAUCUAGGGAGCUUGGUGGCAGAGGUUGGGGAGAAACAAACACUGGGUUCCAGUUUCUACAAUGCUGUCAUGGGAUCCCUUCCAACUCUACAGUUCUAUGAAAAGUGCAGGCAGGGGGGAAAUGGCCUCUUCCAAAAUGCAGUGCUGUUCUCAGGGCGGCUGUUGGCGCUGGGUGGGAAUCCUCUCCCAGAGGUGGGUGCCAGCAAGGCGGAGGUUUGUCUGACUGGUUCCCUCCUCCUCCUCCUCCUCCUCCCCCUCCCCCCCCCCACGCAGGGUGUGACACAGGAGCCACCUGCCCUGCCGACGAGGCUGCUGCCCCCGGACCCGUCUGCUGUGUUGGAGCUGCAGAAGGUUUUCAGCCUAGAGAUGGCUUACAUCACCUUUGUCCCCUUCUCCUGCCUGCUAGGUAUGGCGUGUGGCUUGUCUCUUCUCCCCUGCUCUCUCCCGAUCCGUGUCUUUCUUUUGUGCUCUUGCAGACACAUGCAUGCGCAUACACUCUGCACCUUCUCAAAUGGCUCUGGGUGUGAGUCUCGGGCAGCAGACACAACAGCGAGUCUUGAGGCACCUUGAAGAUCGGCCCAGCCUGUGCCCACCUGGUGCCCUCCAGCUGUAUUGGGCUGCAGGGACUGGGGUGGCCAAGUUGCCCAAAACAUUGGGAGGGUGGCAGGCUGGCAAAGCAGAAAGGUAUAAGUGUGUGUUUUUUCCCAUCUCCUUGUGAUGACCUGAAGGCCCCUAAGGAACAUCCAUUCUUCUUUUUGGACCCUGGACAUCUUGAGGCAGUGAGUUCCACAGGUUAAUUUGCAGCAGUUUGAAUAAACUUUUUUAUUCUAGAACUGCAUAGGAGAGGGAGAAAAACGUCUCCCUGCUUCCUGUCUCCAACCUGUGCACAAUUUUUAUAAAUCCCUCCGACUGUUUCUCUCCCUCCUUUUUUAAAACUUGACAAGCCCCGGACUCUGUUGCCUUUGCGGCUCCUUGACCCCAUUGCGCUUGGUGAGGAGAGGCCUUGGAGCUCCCUGGCCUUGCGCGGGGCCUGGAUCCAUAGCCAGAGCUCUCCCCCCUUCCUCCCUUCUCUGCAGGCGACGUCAUCCACACCCUCGUCCCCAACCACGCGCUGGUCGGCCGGCUGGCCGGACUCUACCUGGAGAGCAUCAACCCCCGAGGCCUGGCUUCCCAGAGCCAGGAUGCGGCCGCGCCAGGCCCAGGUUCCUUGGAGCAAAGCGCCCUGGGCGCGGACCCCUCCUCCGGCCCCUGCGAGGACACCCACUCUGGGACCUUUGGGAGCGUACUGGUGGGCAACCGGAUCCAGGUCCCCACGGAGGCCCAGCAAGAGGCCUCGGGGAGCCCCGGCAGCUUCUGCCCCACGGCGGGGAGCCGGGAGGAGGGGGAGGCGCUGAAGCAGGAGCUGCACCGCAGCGCCCACCACCUCUGCGGCAACUGGCUGGCCUACUGGCAGUACGAGAUCGGGGUGAGCCAGCACGACGCCCGCUUCCACUUCCACCAGAUCAAGCUGCAGAGCUUUGUGGGCCACGCGGGGGCCAUCAAGUGCCUGGCUCCCCUGGGCGGGGAGGACUUCUUCCUCAGCGGCAGCAAGGACAAGACGGUGCGCCUCUGGCCCCUCUACAACCGGGGGGACGGCACCCGCGAGGAGGAGCCCCGCCUGACCUACGGGCAGCACAAGAAGUCGGUCUUCUACGUCGGCGCCCUGGAGGCCCCCCAGCACGUGGUCAGCUGCGACGGCACCGUCCACAUCUGGGACCCCUUCACUGGUGAGGCGGGGAGAGGGGGCUUGGCCGGGCCGCAGGAGUGUGGCCCCCUGUGGCAGGGUGGUGUAAUAAUAAAAAUAAAAAUAAUAAAUUUUACAGUGGUGCCUCGCAAGACGAAAUUAAUCCGUUCCGCGAGUCUCUUCGUCUAGCGGUUUUUUCGUCUUGCGAAGCAACCCUAUUAGCGGCUUAGCGGCUUAGCGCUAUUAGCGGUUUAGCGGCUAUUAAAGGCUUAGCGGCUUAGCGGAUUAGCUGCUAAAAGGCUAUUAAAGGCUUAGCGGCUUAGAAAAAGGGGGGGGAAGCGAAAAAAAAAUCUCAAGACUCACAAAACAUUUUCGUCUUGCGAAGCAAGCCCAUAGGGAAAAUCGUCCUGCGAAGCGCAUUAAAAACGGAAAACCCUUUCGUCUAGCGGGUUUUCCGUCUUGCGAGGCAUUCGUCUUGCGGGGCACCACUGUAUUUAUACCCCACCCUCCCCGGCCAGAGCCAGGCUCAGGGUGGCUAACACCAGUAAAAUUACAGUAAAUACAUAAUUGGGGGGGGGGGAGAACAAAACAAAACCCCCCCAAUUUAAAAUGCAGCCCCGUUUUAAAAGUAGCCGAUAGAUCAAAACCAUAAGGGGAGGGAAACAUAAGGGUCAGACUGAGUCCAAACCAAAGGCCAGGCGGAACAGCUCUGUCUUGCAGGCCCUGCGGAAAGAUGUCAAGUCCCGCAGGGCCCUGGUCUCAUGAGACACAGCGUUCCACCAAGUUGGGGCCAGUACAGUGGUGCCUCUGGUUAUGAACUUAAUUCGUUCUGGAGGUCUGUUCUGAACCUGAAACUGUUCUUAACCUGAGGUACCUUAGCUAAUGGGGCCUCCCGCUGCCGCCACAUGAUUUCUGUUCUCAUCCUGAAGCAAAGUACUUAACCUGAGGUACUAUUUCUGGGUUAGUGGAGUCUUUAACCUGAAGCGUCUGUAACCUGAGGUACCACUGUACUGAAAAGGCCCUGGCCCUAGUUGAGGGAAAGCGGGGCUUGGAGCCUCUUCGGAAUACCUCACCUGGUGACGCACUUGUGCCAGGAGGAAAACACGCCCGAGGUGGGAGCCAGCUGCCCCUUUCGCCCCCUCUGGACAGGCCGUCUCUCUCUUGCAGGCAAAGUCGUCCGCACGUUUGAGGCACCUGACUGCAAAGUGCCCAUCACGGCGGUGAGUGCCAUGCCACCUCCCUACAGCAGCAUCAGCCUGGCCAGCGCCGACUCGGUCCUGCGCUUCAUCGACCACCGGAAGCCGGGACUCCAGGUACUCUGAGGGUUUGUUGCGCCCGGGGCUGCUUUAGUUGGCGGAGGUGGGGGACAUUUCCCACUCCCCAUUGGGCGUGACUGUGAAGAGGAGGCCGUAGCCUUGGGACAGAGCACCCGCCCUGGUCCAGCUUCCCACUGGAAAAGGGUCUGAGAGCAGGCAAUGGUUUUCUCUUCCACAGACACCAGGGAGCCAAUACAGGCAACUCCCAAUUUAUGCAGCGGUUACGUUCCAAGGAAUCGCAUGUUCAUGUGAAAUUGUGUAUGUUUGAAGCACCAUUGGAAAAGCCUGCCAGCACCCUGUUCCACCCCUUUUGAUGAUUAAUGAAUUUUAUUAUUACGGUCACAGACCAGUUCCGGGUCACUUACAAUAUCAGGAAAAUCAUAAAACACAACAGGAAUACAUUGAAUUGCGUAUAACAGACACAAUUCAGAUAGAGCGGCAGUUAAAAAAAAUAAUUAAAUCUUGAUCCCUAAAACAUAACCUAAAAUUAUCAUUUAAAACCUUAAUCAUUUUUGUAGUACAGCUUUUCCCCUAAGUUUUAUGGCAGUCCCCCUUUUGAUGAUGUUUUUGGGUCAUUCCGAGCUUGGCGUGUUGCAUGGAUACAUGUAAACGCGGUGUCAUUGCCUGUACUGCCAGGACUGAGCUGGAGAGAGAAAGGCAGAAGGCGGCUUAGAAGAACAGCCUUGUCGAGUCCUCCAGUCCAACUCCCUGUAAUGUCAGAAUCAUAACAGGAGCAUCUCUGGCAGAUGGCCAGCCAACUUGACGGGACAUUCGGAAGAACGUCUUGGUGGUCAGAGCUGCUCAAAAACCUCCCGCGAAGGAGGGGGCACUACCUUCCAAGGGAGUCUGUCCCGCUGCCAAACAGCUCUUAGGAAGUUCUUUCUAAUGUUCUGUCAGAAUCUUUCUUGCCAUUUGGUAUCUGUUGGGUCAGCUCCUGCCCUCCAGAACAGCAGAAAGCAAGCUUGCGCCACCUUCCAUGUGGCAGCCCUUCAGAGAUUGGAAAAUGGCUCUCAUGUCACCUCUGAGUCUCUUUUCCGGGAUCCCUCAGCCGCUUCCCUAUGGGAUCUGUCACUUGGAGACAAAACAUCUGCUUUGCAUGUAGGUCUCUGGUUCACUCCCAGCCUGCAGGAAAAGUGUCAGGUGAUGGGAAAGACCCUCCCUUGCCUGAGGCCCUGGAGAGAUGCUUCUAGUCAGAGCAAGCAGCACUGGACCAGAUGGACAGAGAGUCUGGCCUGCAGCCAGGCAGUGCCCUGUGACGGUGGGCCUGGGGGCUGGAGGGGGCCUCACAUUUAUCUGGGAGUCAUGAAUUCUGACCCCAAGCGACAACUUUGGGAGUUGGGAGGCCGCCAGCUUGCAGGCAGGAGGUCCCCAAUCCAGCCCCACACCAGUCCCCUCACUUACAAAGGGGGCCACGUGGCAGGUGCUGGGAGGGUCUCCCUUUCCCUGGAGGGCCAAAGGGAGAGAGCGCCUGACGUGGUUUUGAAGCAACUUCCCCUGGUCCUCUGAGGCAGAGCAGUGGCCUUGCAGGCAGAAGGUCUCGGGUCCAAUCCCUGAUGGCGGCAUUGGAGAAAUGCGGGGGGGGGGACCCCUGGAGAGCUGCUGCUGCUGCCAGUCAGAGCAGGUGACACCGAGGGAGAGUUGCCGCAGGUUCUGACUGGGAGAGGCUGCUUCUGACGCCCCUCUGCCUCCCCUCCUUCUGUGCCCCCAGCAUGAAUUCCGCCUGGCCUGUGGGGCCAACGCUGGCCUCGUCCGCUGCCUGGCAGUCAGCCCCAGUGGCCGGAGCGUGGUAGCAGGCUUCUCCUCCGGCUUCAUGGCCCUGCUGGACACCCGGACAGGCCUCAUCCUGAAGGUGUGGCCAGCGCACGAGGGAGACAUCUUGCAGAUCAAGGUAAGGGGCUGGGCUGGAGGGGUUCAUUUGCAUGUAUCCCCCCCCUGCCUCGUUCGUCUCGAAGGCAAAUUCGUUUACGAUUGACCUUUCAAAUGCUGGCUAAAACUAGGGACCAUCCUGUCGUAAGAACCCAAGAAGAGCCUUCUGGUUCAGGCCCAUCUAAGCAACCUCCUGUGGUCAGCCAAGUUUUUGAAAUAAAAGCCAGGAAUUAGGAGGUGUGGGAGGGCAUCCCAGGCCCAUGGGACCACCCUGGGGGCCCCAGAUUGCCUCUCCUGGUCUGACCUAGAUGCCUUUUCACUCUCGCUCAGAGGCCGGCUGCCCCCCUUUCCCCACUGCUGCCCAGCAGACAGCUGAAGAUUCCCUUCUGUGGGUCCAAGGUAUCGCCUGGUGCUCUUAGGCGCUGGGCUGAGGGACUCAGGUUAAGGGAGCGCAAGUAGCCAGGCUGAGGCCUGCUCUCUGUACAGGGAAAUGCUCUGCAUGGGGGGGGGGGUCCUCAGGCCCCAUGCCCCAAGGCCCUUGCAGCUUCAGAUCCAACACAGGGGCAUCAUUCGCUGUAGCCUUGUCUGCUCACGUGUCUCCAGUGCAUUCCCAGAUUGCACACUGGAGAAACCGGGGGAUCUGGUAUUGCAAUGUUGUACACAGACAAACAAAAACCCCUGCCUCCAGCCUUCAUGAUUCCAGAGCGGAGGGCGGUCGCAUGUGAGCAAUACCUUGUGGAAGGCGUCCAGUUGUGGAGCGGUUUGUACUGUGUGGGUGUGGAAGUGGGGUUAGGGCCUUGGGGGUUUAACCGGUUGUCCCCUCUGUUGAUCCUUCUCUGGGGGCCAUUUCUGAGCUGGUGGGAGGAGGACAAAGGUCUUGUGUGCCAGAAGUGUGUGUGUGUGUGUGUGUGUGUGUGUGUGUGUUGCCGGUCCCUGCUUUCCCUCCUUAGCACUGGCCUGCUGCCCCCAUCUGAAUGGCUAACCCUUCUCCCUAUUUGCCUGCUCCCUGGGCUGCCCUCCGUGUCCUUCACCUAGAGCCAAACAACCCAGCUGCUUGUGUUCCUCCGCUGACGGGAGGCCCUCGGCCACAAAGCCCCACUGACAGCUCCCAGGCACUGCUGCUGUCAGGACUGGGCUGCCAGUGCCGAAAGAGGCUGGCUGGGACCCAUGCGCACACCCUCCUUCCUUGGCUAGGUGGGGCAUCUGCAUCCUGUGUGGCAGCAGGGCCCUGUGUGGGGCUACCUUUGAAGGGGACCCAGAAAUUACAACUAACCCAGAAUGCGGCAGGUAGACUGGUGACUGGGAGCGGCCGCCGAGACCACAUAACACUUGUCUUGAAAGACCUACAUUGGCUCCCAGUAUAUUUCCAAGCAGAAUUUAAAGUGUUGGUGCUGACCUUUAAAGCCCUAAACGGCCUCGGUCCAGUAUACCUGAAGGAGCGUCUCCACCUCCAUCGUUCUUCCCUGGACACUGAGGUCCAGCACCGAGGCCAUUCUGGCUGUUCCCUCCCUGCGAGAAGCCAAGUUACAGGGAACCAGGCAGAGGGCCUUUUCGGUAGUGGCACCCGCCCUGUGGAACGCCCUCCUAGCAGAUGUCAAAGAGAACAACAACUACCAGACUUUUAGAAGACAUCUGAAGGCAGCCCUGUUUAGGGAAGCUUUUAAUGUUUAAUAGGUUAUUGUAUUUUAGUGUUUUGUUGGAAGCCGCCCAGAGUGGCUGGGGAAACCCAGCCAGAUGGGCUGGGUAUAAAUAAUAAAUUAUUAUUAUUAUUAUUAUUAUUAUUAUUAUUAUUAUUAUUUAUUAGGCAGGCUGCCUUGGGUGGCAGACGCUGAAGGCGGUAUCCCACAGGCGCCCUGCUGCCUCUGCUGCCAGCGGCACUGGAUUCUGGCAGAAUGUUGCCAAAAUCUCCCGUGAUCUUGCCGGAGACUGCUGCUGCUGCAGGCAAGGGCGGCUUGGGCGGCCGCAUGUUCUGGCUUUGCCUCAGGCGGCAAAAUGGGAUGUGCAACCCCUGUGAGGCAGCCCCCUGGUCCUUCGCAACCGAUUCUGCAUUGGGAGCGGUGGCCUUUGGGAAGGCCCUCCCCACCAGCUCUGCGGAGGCAGUGAGAUGCCAGCGGCCGGUUCAGGUUUUGCCACACUUGCUGGAGAGCACGCUGAGAACGGUGGAGAAGCUGGCACCACUGGAGUCCUCCAUGGGUGGGGGGUGGUGAGUCCCUCAGUUAGUGCUGGGGCUGAAUACUAGCCAGGGCUCCUGCCUGGGGCACAGGAAGUGAAAUUAUUUAUGUCAUAAAAUUCAUUCACCGCUUGAUUGUUAAAAAAGAAAGAAAAGCAAAUCAUGAAAAAUCUGCAAGUUCUUUAAAACAUACAGAAACCUAAAAUACUAAAACGGAUUAAAAUUACCACAACUUUCUGGGCCAUUUUGUCUGAACGUGAAUGUUUCGUGCUGGAAAGAGUAGAGUGCAGGUGUCUGCCUCAUAUCCAUAGGCAGGGAGUUACAAAGGUUAGGUCCCACCACACUCAAAGGUUGAGUUCUGAGCAAAUGUGGGACGGGUGUUAUAUGUGGCCAGUUGUGGCAAUGGAAGAAGUCGAGUGGGCAUAUGGAGGGUAAGGUGAUCUUGCUGGGUAAGGAAGAGUGCCUUGAGGCAUGUGCAAAGUGCCUUUCCCCUGCCACUUUGUAAAGCAGGAUUCAGUGGUGGGGUGCAUCUCCCCUUCGCAUCAAAGGACUGCUGCCCUCCACGUUCUGGGUGGGGUUCCUGGGUGUGGGCCGAGAUGCCCCUGAGCUGACGGGUGAUGUUUCCCCCACAGGCCACGGAGGGCAAUGUGCUGAUCAGCUCCUCCUCCGACCACUCCUUAGCCAUCUGGAAGGAGCUGGAGCCGAAGCCCCUGCACACCUACAAGCCGGCCUCCUCGGAGCCCAUCCACACCUUCGACCUCUACGGCAACGAGGUGGUGGCCGGGACCGUGGCCAACAGGAUCAGCGUCUACGCCCUGCAGGAGGCGCUGCCCCCCAGUGUCACCAAGCUCAGCUCCGAGAACUUCCGGGGCACCCUCACCAGCCUGGCUGUCCUGCCCACCAAGUGCCAGCUCCUGCUGGGCUCCGACAACGGCACCGUCCGGCUCCUGGCGUAGCCCCGGCUCCCGUGACACGCACCUCUCCUCCCUUCUGGGGACGGGGGCAGAGCCCCUUUGUGGGGGGACUGGGGGUGGGUGAGAGAGGGGGCAGGGAUCUUCGAGGAGACCUCCGUUCCCACUUUGACUCUCUGCAAGCAGGCUGCUGGGCAGCCAGAGGCCCCAAUCCUCUCAUCACCGUAUGUGCCUGACUCUCUUUGGGAAGUGGGGUGGGCAUUCCCUGAGGAACCCAUGGAAGGCCGCAGCUUUGGUGCCCUCUUCCACCGCCCCUCUCCAACGCAGCAUUCCUGUUCUUGAACUUUUUCAAUUGAGGGAGAGCGCUUCCUCUGCUGUGUUGUGUGUGUUGCACAAGACUUCUUCUGUCCUCCUGGCUCCCCCCAUCCAUCCCAUAUGUGUCUCCUCUCCCCACCGUGCAAGAGCUGGCCUCCGUGCAAAGAGAGAAGGCUUUGCACCUGCAUGGCGGCAUCACCUGGGCACCAGGGCUCCUCCAGUUGGACUAUGGAGAGUGCCUUCUCUCCACCCUGUGGAGAAGGGUCCUCAUGUGGUGCUUGGAGAACUGGAACCCUCAGAACCUCCUCCUCCUCCUCCUCUGGGAGGGGGCGGCCUCUUUCCUGGCUGACCAGCCCUUGCAGAUGCCCUUGGCACCCGGUUCUCCCGUCUCCCUGUCUUUGCUCAAGCCCAGUGAGGAUGCAAACACACACACACAGAUUGAGUGGUCCAACUGCCCUGGCACCUUGAGCACUUGUGCCACGUUCUGCUCUGCCUGUCCUCCUGGAAUGAUAUUUUCCCCCUGGGGUGGGAGUGGCAGGGAGGCAGCUUGUGGGGGAAACCCCCACCCAGGCAAGGGUCAGCACACCUGUGCAAGUGCUUGCCCCCUUUUCCUGGGGGGGGAGGGGAGCAGACCCUCCCUUUGCUAAUUAACUGAUUGCAAUAGAUUCUAUAUAUAUAUACAUAUUCUAAUAAACACCCUGGAGCUCGCAGUUGCCUUCUCUCUCUCUUUGUGUGGCAUGAAUUUGGUGUCCUGCUGCUGCUUCCUUCUCCCCCCCCCCAGACCUCCUCCUCCUCCGUAAGGGACAACAGGGCGCCACAAAAGGGCCAAGAUGUUCCAAAACUUUCUGUGGUGACUCAAAAGUUAAUCUGUGCCAGAUAGUGAGACAGCCUGGCUGUUUAUUUAUUUAGUAAGCGUGUGUCCGGUCCCUGGCAAGAAACAAACACACCAGAUAGUCAAGGUGAUGAGUGCCCUCUAGGCAAGGCAAAGCUGCCAUUCCUGACUUCAAGGGGUUGGACUAGAUGACCCUUGGGGGCGCUCCCAGCCCCACGUUGAUUUCAAAGGAGGCCUCAGAAGGCCAAGCAGCUUCCAGCCAAGCGGGGAGGAAUUAUUAGGGUAGCAUUCAGCUAAGUUUUGCAGGGAGUAGACCUGCUAGAAAUCACUGGACUUCACUUGGGCCUGUUCCUCAAUUCUCCCAAGGCAGGCUGCUUGUUCAGCUGCUGCCGCCUGGCCCAGCUCUGGUUUUCAAGGGGGGGGGAGUGCAUGUCCCUUUUGCAUGCAGAGUUUCUAGAGUCGUCUUUCCCUUUCUUGCUGCCCCCUCCCCAGAUGCCUGUGCUUUGGCCAGGAUCCAGCGGGCGGCUGCUUGAGGGCUGGGUAGUCCCAGCUGGGCCGGCUGAGGGGGCCGCGUUGCUCGCCUCUGCCCGGAGGCUGGAGCUGGGCUCGGGGUGCAAAGGGCCGCGUUCUUGCCCUCUAGCAGGCUCCCCAGCCCACCCCAAACACACGUCGGGCAGGAGGCGGGGAGGCGGUUCGGUCCUGUUGCUCAGGUCCCUUCCUACGCCGCCACACAGUUCCCGGAGAAAUGUUUAACCAGAUGCAGAAAAAGUCAAUAUUUGCCCACGGAGGGUGGUGAAGUAGUGAGGAAGGGGGAGAGAUUCCACGAGUAGGCGUUGCUCCUGCAGCAGCUGGUCCCUGGCGAAACUUGGGGGCCACUUCUGCAAAAUCGCCCCCCCUCCACGAAGCUGGCAGUGGUGGCGGCGGCGGCAGGAGACAGGCGCAAGGAAGAGCCCCGUGCAGGACCCACGUGAGAUGGGGGGCUUGAGCUGGGGUGGGGGGAGAGGGGAGCCGGAGCUUGGAGUCCUUGCGCAAUGGACAGUUUGGGUUCCUCUGAGCGAAGAGAGAGGCGGCUGUGGGGGAAUGUCCUGGCUCUGCUUUCCUGGUUUUUAUUAAUUUAAUUUAAUUGCAUUUCAUAUCCCACCAAGGAGCUCAAGGCGGCAUGUCCAAUUAUCCCCCUCCUCAUUUAAUCCCCACGACAACCCCGCGAGGUAGGCUAGGCCGAGAGGCAGGAGUGACUGGCCCCCAGGCUCACACCCCGUGGGAGCUUCAGGGCUGAGCUGCGGGAUCUGAACCCGGGUCGCUCCCGAGGUCCGACACUGACUCACUGCGCCCCCCCUGGCUUCUGUGGCCGUGGAAGGGAAAGAGCACACGCACCCACGCACCAGCUGGAGCUUCCAGCACCCACUCCUGCCCUUUCUCUCGGCCUGCAGCUGGGGGGGGGGGGGCUCAGCCUCCUUCCCUCCCCUCCCAAACUUGCGCCCAGGAAGCGUUAAGGAGCCGAGCGAGUCCCUGAAGAGCUUCGUUUCAAAAAGCCACGACAGCCACCCACCAAAGUCCUAACUCCAAGGGACGCGGGGUGGAAUUUAAACGUAUGCAAUCUCAGUCUCGAAGAGGAUGGUGACUGGAAGGGGGGCUUGCCGUGGAGACCUCCUUUUGGGGGGCAGGCAGGGGGUGAGCUCAAGGGAAAGCGGCCGGAGAGGCUGUGAGUCCCUCUCUGUCUUGAAGGGGGGACGGGACCCCGAAGCCACCCUAGGCAUCACUUAUCCGCCCAUCUCCGGCAGAUUUCCACCCCUCCGUCAAAAGAUGGCUGCCCCGCCCUGGCCUCUGCUGCUGCUCCUGCUGGCCGGCCUGCCUGCUCUGCGCGCGACGCACCACGGGGUAAGUCCCGCCACGGUCCGGCCAGCUCCUCCUCUCCGACCGGGGCAGAAGAGCCCAGCCGAGGGAGACUGGCGGGGAGACAGGCAGGGGCAGGAGAGGGCGUGGGGACCAUGGGGUGGGGGGACUGGCCCCUGGACUGUGCUGCUGGUCUCCCAAGUGGGGGGAGCUUCCUGUGGAAUAAACCCCCUCGCCUUGGGAAGGUGGUGGAGGUCUUUAAUAAGGAGGUUGGAUGGUCAGAUGCCAGGGGUUUUUUUAGCUGUGGCUCUUGCAUUGCAGGGAGUUGGCUGCAAGACCCUUGGGGGGGUCCCUUCCAACUCUAAGAUUCUAUUAUUUUAGGUCUCGAUUGCCCAUGCCUUUGAAGAUGACGGGCAGAGGAACAUUCUCCAGGUAAGGAGAGAGGAAUCUCACAGCUUCUCUUUUUUUAAAGAUUUGUUUCUUUUUAAUGAAAAGGCAAAUACUGUGCCGAGUUUGGGACUUGGGAAUGGAGAGCAGGGCGGGUAGCAUUGCUGCCUGAUGGUUCUAGUCCUGGGUCACCACCACAUUUUAAUCAUAUGUGGAGGCCAACACCAAUGGCGUGGGCAAACGUAGCCAGUCCCGGAAGCAGAAUUUAGGUUGGCAAGUAGAAAGUUCAAAGACAGGACCUGUUGAGGCAGCUUUCUCUAAAAAGUUCCCCACAGAAGGGCUUGGGCACAUGGCUGUCAGGAAGAAGGGCUUGGUUUUGUUGGGUGCUGAGGGACAUCUUCUGGAAACUGGGCCUCUGGACAACCAGGGAGCCAAAGCUGUGCAAAAGGAGAUGGUGGAGAGGAUGAAUCGCUGCGGGAGAUGUAGGGCAGAUCUCUCCGCCUCGAAUGACAUUUUCGAGAAAGGGAGUUUUGGGAGCAGAGGCAAGCAGGAGAGGAGGUGGCAGGCCAUGCUGGAUAAUCUGGAUGGUAUUGCCUAAGAGCUCUUAAGGAACUCAAAUGUGAAACUGAUCUUCUAACAAAAAUAUGUACCGUUCCUAAGAGUGUCCUUGGUCCCAGAGGACUGGAAAGCAGCCAGCGCAACACCAAUAUUUACAAAGGGAUUCAGGAAGUUACAGGCUUGGCAUCUCUUCCAGGUAAAUUGCUGAGAAGUACUAUUAAAGGCAAAAUAAUCAAGCGCAUGCAGGAUUUCCUCAGCGGAGACCCCACACUGUCAUGAGAACUCCCUGCCAGAAGAAGCUUUUUAAAAGGGCCUUGCAAACCCAGUCAAUUCAGGCGGCUUUCUCCCAAAGCAGGUGCGGAGAACCAAUCGCUGGCCCUUCAGAUGCUGCUGAACUAGAACUCCCAUGAUGAUGGGAGUUGCAGUUCAGAGACGCCUGGAAGGGCACAAGCUCUGUCUUAAAGGACCUGACAGUGCCCCUGAUGCUGAAACUUCUUUCAGGUUUUUUCCCCAGGCCUAUGCUGCUUUUAAGUGAUUGGUUUUUGCUGAAAUGUGAUUUUGUGUGUUGCUUUUAUUUUUCUGUAUGCUGCCUUAUGAGGGUUUAAGGAAUACUUAGGCUAGCUCUGGUUCAUUUAUGUGUUCUGUCUCUGAAUACCAGCUGCUGGGAAUCACAAGGGGGAGAGUCCUGCCGUUGCACCUCAGGUCCUGCUUGUGAGCUUCCCUUGGGGCACUCAGAUGCCACUGUGAGGACAGGAGGCUGGACCAGAUGGGGCCCCUUUGGUUUGAUCCAGCAAGGCCUUUCUUAUGCUUAUGAACGCUACCAUCUAUCAGGCCAGUCUCUGUGUCCAUGCAGUCCAGCACUGCCUGCUCUGACUGGCAGCAGCUCCCUGGUCUCCUGACAAGCAGAGAACUUGCCAGCUUUUACCCAGUGUGAAAACAAGGUGCUUCUUUCUUUAGAGGGUGAGUCUGGGCCCUCUUGCCUGCCCAGCCCAUCCUCUGCCCCUCAGCUACCCAGAUGUCUGCUUCCCUCCCACACUUAGCUGCCAAUUCUUUCCUCCCCACCUUCAGCUCCUAGGGCCCAUUUCUUCACAGGGCGAUGAAGCAGAUGGAUUGGUGGAAGAAGCAUUGCUGCCGGAGGUUGUGUUGCCUGAGGCGGAGGUGCUUCCACCUGCAUCCGAGACCCCGGAGAGCCUCCUUGGCACCAUGCUGCCACCCUCUGAUCCAAGCGUGGCAGAGGAGGUUUCAGCCACAGAGCUGGGAGAGCCCCAGAGCUCUUCUGAGGCAGAGGAGGAUGACCGUGGAAGAAGCUGCGACAGGGACAUCCCUCUGGAGAAGACGCACGUGGUGGCCGAGGCUGUGAUGAAGCUGGGUGCUAACCUCCUGCGGCAGGUGGAACUGGAGAACAGCAAAGGCAACCUCUUCUUCUCUCCCCUCAGCAUCAGCCUGGCGCUGGCUCACUUGGCUCUAGGUCAGUAUCCCCAAAUCCCUCAAAGACAGCCUGUUUGUUGACUUGUUCUGAACUCAAAAGCAAAGGUGCUUUUCGUGGUUAACAGCAAUGAAGGGUUUUGCUUUUAGGAUGUGGAAAAGGUGAGAUGCUGCUCUCCCUCCAAGUAGUGAUGGCUCCUAUGUGCAAGGGGCAGCCUCUUCCGAGGAGAGGCAAUCCUGCCAUCUCUCUGAAUGAAUGGCAGGAGAAAUGCCCAGCAGGGGUGAAAGGAAAGCAGCCUGCCAGUCACUGAGUGCUCUGGACUCCAGUAAACUGAAUUUCUUCCGGCACAUGAGCAGCCUUGUUGGCUGCACAGUCUGAGAAUUUCUGCAAUGGAGAUGGGAAGAGUAGGAGCAGAAGACACUGUCUUGUACAGGGUCUGACCAGCAGUCCAUCUAGUUUGGUGUUUUCCACACUGUCAGCUGUGGCUCUCCAGAGUCUCAGGCAGGAAGUCUUUCCCAGCCGUUGGGGCUGCACCAGAGACCUUCUGCCUGCAACGCUGGUGCUCUGUUACUGAAGGAUAACAGAGUGCUAAGCAUGGAAGCCUCCCUCUUCCUGCUUGUGUGAUGAAAGGUCUUCAGCCCUCUCCUGCUUUAACAUGGGGCCUACAGCGGCAGCUCUCUCACUCCUGGCUGAUGUGACAAGCGCUUUGGAGCACAGGGGCCCAAUGCAAGCGAGAGGGCUUCCAUGCCUGACUGCCAUGCUCACACACUCGGUGCUGCUGGUUACCACGUUCCCAGGUUAGCUGAGUGUUAACUGUGUUGCUGUUAAUCUGGUUUCCCUUUCAGGCGCAGCCAACCGGACCGAGGAGCAACUGCUGAAGGCUCUGCACGUGGAGUCUGUGCCCUGUCCACACCAGGCUCUGCGCACCAUCUCCCAGCACCUCAGCCAGACGCUCAGCAUCGCAGCCCGGCUUUACCUACAGAAAGGUGAGAGGUGUGGGCAGGCAGGUAUGGAAUAGGAGAAGUCGAGUGAGCCUGCCCUUUGGGCGUGAGAGAGAAGAGCAAGCAUUUCCACAUGGUGUGGCUUGAAUUUCUCUCCUUAUUUUAUUUAUAAAAAAAUAUUUGUAUACCGCUGUAUCAUUAAAAAAAAAGUAUCACAACGGUUCCUACCAAUAUAAAAACAGAAAGUAAAACCAUAAAAAAUUAAAAACAGGUUAAAAGCCAAAGAAUUAAAAACAAACAUCAGUAGACCAUUGUGGGAGAUGUAUUCUUAACUGCCUGUGUAGGCUUGUCAGGGAAAAAGGCAAGGUAUAACAAAAUAACAAUAACAAUAAUAAAGCUGGCAGAAUAUAAAGGUUUUUAACAGGCAUUUAAAAGUUGGCAUAGAAGGUGCCACUGAAUCUCCAGUGGUAGAGAGUUCCACAGGACACGGCUAAUGAUACUAAAGGCUUGGUCUCUUGUUAUCAAACGAGCCUCACCAACUCGGGGAACAGCCAGCAACACUCCUGUGAGUGAUCUCAGAGAUUGAGCUGAGGAUAUAAGGGUUCAGGUGAACCUCUACUAAACCUUUAAUGGAUAGCAGAUAUUGAGGGAUGGGGCAGGGGGAGAAUCUGUAUUGGGACUGGAGAGGAAUAGCAGUGUUUUUUCUUAACCCUUUUGCCCAUGUAAUUUUCCCAACUAAUGUCACCACCAUCCAUCUCCAUGCACCAGUACCAAAGCAUCAUAAUGUGAAUGGUGCAAACAGCAUUGGUUGGAUGGGUGGUAGCAGUUUUCAUUAGGAUAACAGCACUGGGAGGGGUCAGCACCCCUCUCUGUCCCAAGAAUCCCCACCCCGGCAGCUGCUAUUCACAAAUAAGUUUGAAUCCUGAGGACCUCAAGUGCAGGGGAGGAGGGAAAUCCACGCAGCAGCAGCAGCAGCAGUCCCCUGGCCCAAAAACGGGUUGGGGAGAAUCCUAGCAGGCUUACCCCAGUCUUAGGGGGAGGGCUGAAACUCCUGACUGCCUCACAUCAAGUGCUUUUGCAGGAUUCCCAGUGAAAGAGCAGUUCCUGGAGGACUCAGAGAAGUUCUACGGGGCCAAGCCAGCCACCCUGUCUGGGAACAGCCAGGCAGACCUGGCGGCCAUCAACACCUGGGUGAAAGACGCGACCCAUGGGCAGAUCCCCACCAUGCUGACUGAGCUGCCGGCCAGUGUCGUGAUGCUGCUGCUCAAUGCCGUGCACUUCCGAGGUGAGCUCGGCUGCUCCUCCCCACCCCCAGCCCCCUGACUUGCUGGGACAGCCAGCAGAGCAGUCAACCUUUCAGUUAUUGCAGCAGCCCAAGAAGUAACUGUGUGAACAAGGCCUCUGUUUCUCCCGUUUUAAUCCAUCCUAAUAACUUAAUAUUGUUGUGAUUUUAUGGACCGUAGUUUUUACCACCUACAAGAAAAGCAAGAUUGUCAUAGAAUCACAGUUGGGAGGGAGCCUGAGUGUCAUCUAGUCCAACCUCCUGUAGUAGUAGUAGUUGUUGUAAUAAUAAUAAUAAUAAUAAUAAUAAUAAUAAUAAUAAUUAUUAUUUUAUUAUUUAUACCCCUCCUAUCUGGCUGGGUUUCCCCAGCCACUGUGGGUGGCUUCCAACAAAAUAUUAAAAUACAAUACUCUGUUAAACAUUAAAACUUCCCUAAACAGCGCUGCAGUAGAGACAUCACCUUGGCCAACAAAGGUCCAUAUAGUAAACGCUAUGGUUUUCCCAGUAGUGGUGUAUGGAAGUGAAAGCUGGACCAUAAAGAAGGCUGAUCGCCAAAGAAUGGAUGCUUUUGAAUUCUGGUGCUGGAGGAGACUCUUGAGAGUCCCAUGGACUGCCAGAAGAUCAAACCUCUCCAUUCUGAAGGAAACCAGCCCUGAGUGCUCACUGGAAGGACAGAUCCUGAAGCUGAGGCUCCAAGACUUUGGCCACCUCAUGAGAAGAGAAGACUCCCUGGAAAAGACCCUGAUGUUGGGAAAGAUGGAUGGCACAAGGAGAAGGGGACGACAGAGGACGAGAUGGCGGGACAGUGUUCUCGAAGCUACCAGCAUGAGUUUGACCAAACUGCGGGAGGCAGUGGAAGACAGAAGUGCCUGGCGUGCUCUGGUCCAGGGGGUCACGAAGAGUCGGACAUGACUAAACGACUAAACAACAACAACAAAAAACAGUGCUGCCUUCAGAUGUCUUCUAAAAUUCUGGCAGUUGCUUUUCUCUUUGACAUCGGGUGGGAGGGCGUUCCACAGGGCGGGUGCCACUACCGAGAAGGCCCUCUGCCUGGUUCCCUGUAACUUGGCUUCUUGCAGUGAGGGAACCUCCAGAAGGCCCUCGGCGCUGGACCUCAGUGUCCAGGCAGAACGAUGGGAAUGGAGAUGCUCCUUCAGGUAUACUGCGCCGAGGCUUUAAAGGUCAGCACCAACACUUUGAACUGUGCUCGUAAACAAUGCAGGAAUCACAAUUAAGGCAUCCCUGACAAAUGGCCAUCCAACCUCUGCUGAGAAACCUCCAGGGAAGAAGAGUCUGCCACCUCCCACUCCACUGUCAAGCCAUCAGAAAGUUCUUCCUAAUCAUUAGUUCUUGCAAUUUGAUCCAUUGGCUCAGGUCCCACCCUCUGGAGCAGCAGAAAAUAAGCUCUUUCUCUAUCUUCCCUGUGACAGCCCUUCAGUUAUUUGAAUAUGACUAUCAUGGCACCUUUUAGUCUCCUAUCACACAGGCUAAACAUGCCCAGCUCCCUCAACCAUUCCUCAUAAGGGUUGUUUUCCAGAACCCUCAUUAUUUCAGUCGCCCUCCUCUGCCCACCUUCCAGCUUGUCAAUAUCCUCCUUAAACUGCAGUGCCCAGAACUGGAGACAGGACUCCAGGGGGCUUGGUUUCCAGACACUGCCUUUCCUCUCCUCAACCCAUUUUUUAUUCCCUUUUGGGCAGGGUUUUGGAAGAACAAGUUUGAUUCCCUUCUGACUGAGCCUGACACAUUCUACCUGGAUGAUGACUUCACUGUCUCCGUGGAGAUGAUGCGGGCUCGGGUCUACCCUCUCAGCUGGUUCAACCUGGAGGCCCAGGAUGUCCAGGUGGGGUGGGAACUUUUGUUGUUGACGCUGCCAAAGGGUCUGGCAUCAGGUCAAAGUGCUUGGGAGAGCGUUGGCCUCCUUGCCUUCCCUCGUGGGGUGGGCAUGGGCCUUUCUCCUGCCCCUGGAGCACACGAGAGGAGGGCUCAAGGCAAAAGCCGUACCAUUGAUUCUCCUCUCCUUUGCUCCUGGCAGUUGCCCUUUCACAUCCACAAAUAAUGUUCUAUUGGGCUGCCCCUGCUGACUCUUCCCUGUGCUUCUCUCCCAGGUGGCCAGGUUCCCCUUCAAGGGCAACACAAGCUUUGUGGCCAUCCUUCCAAACCACCCUGAGCAGAACUUCUCUCGGCUGCUCUCCGAUCUCAGCCAGGCCAACUUCCAAAGCCUCUUCCCCAAGGAGAGGCCCACCAUGGUGAAGAUGCCCAAACUGCACCUGCAGCAUCACCUGAACCUAGAGCAAGCCCUCCGCCAGCUGGGUAAGAGGAGGGCGGGAGGGAGGGAGGGGGCCAGCCUGCUUCACUCUUCGCCUUUACAGGACAGUUUUGGAUACCCUCAGCCACCUUGCUGCCUUAUUUCAAACAGCUUGAUGGGCCACGGUUCAUAACUCCUGCUUUGCAUGCAGAAGGUCCCAGGUUCUGUCCCCCUGCCCCAAGCCCUGGAGAAGCCAUGGCUGCCAGUUGGCACAGACCAGAGUUGGGGGGCUUCACCUCCCGGCAGCCCCAGCAGCCAGCAAGGCCAGCUGUCAAGGAUGGUGGAGUCUGCCGUCCAAGGAGAGCCAGAGAUCUACAGGUUCCGCACUCCUGACAUGCUCUGUGCGAGGAUAGCUGGGCAAGCAAGGCAGAUCCCUGUGUUAAAUACAGUCUCUGCCUUGUGCUCCUGUGACCUCAGAAACAUAACAUUAUCUGAAGACUUGUCUGUUGAAAUGGGCGCAGGCAGCUUCUGAUAUUCUCUGGAGUCCUCACCAGACGGAGGUUGGAAAGAGCUUUCAGACCCUUAGCUGGGCAUGUUGGCGAGGGGAUGUUUGUGUCCUCGUUUCCCUCUGCUUCCUCCACAGUGGCUCUUCAGACGCUUCCAGAUGGAGGCUUAAUGUUGCGAAAUGGGCUGCUCUAGUAUUGCAAGCAAGUCACUGGCAGCAGUUUUCUUUUUCACUCACGGAUUAAACGUGUGUGACUUUUUCCUAACUCUUCCGCCAUCUCCGCUCCAGAAGCCCAGGUUCUGUUUCAAGCUAGUCUUGGAAGCAGCAGAAAUUCUGCCUCCUUAGUAAAACAUACAGGCGCUCCAUUUUAACGAUUUUAAUGCAGUGGCAGAAUUCAGGCUGUGGGUGGGGGGAAAUUCUCCUCGUCCCCCAAAUAUACACAGCCCUAAGAAUAGUCUUGGGUCACAAACGCUGCUGAUGUUAUGCACCAGCACCAUCCUGACUGACGGCUGCUUUCUCUCUAGAGAAGCCCGCAGCUUCCCCCUUGGCACUGCCUUCACUCCUCUCUUUCUUUGCAGGCCUUGGUGAGCUGUUCUCUGCCCCAAAUUUCCACCCCAUAACAGAGGGUCCCCUCGUGGUCUCCAGUGUCCAGCACAGAGCCGCCCUGGAGCUUUCUGAGGACGGGGUAGAGGCAUCAGCCGCCACCAGUGUCUCCAUGUUCCGCUCCCUCUCUGUCUUCAACCUCAACCAGCCCUUCCUCUUCAUCAUCCAAGAGGACACCACCGGCAUCCCUCUCUUCCUCGGCGCCAUCCGGAACCCCAACCCCAGUGCCUCUCAGGAGAGGAAGACGAGUGACUGUGCUGUGGGAGAUGAUGGAAAGCUCUUUCCGUGCUCCACGGACCAAGAGAAGCCCUGA